CCGCGGCUAUGCUUGCUUCACCUGCUUUCACAGGUCAGGCGGGCGGUCGCGUACUUUCUGCAACAGCGUAGAGUUCCCCUUUACUGUCUCCAUCCUCCUCCUGAGUACCUAGCACUAACCUAUAUUCAGUGGUGGCUACGGCGGCGGCGGUGGCUCCAACGGAUAUUCUGGCGGCGGCGGCGGUGGCUACGGCGGCGGCGGCUACGGCGGCGGCGGCGGCUAUGGUGGUGGAGGUGGUGGAGGUGACCGUAUGGGCCAGCUCGGCUCUGGUCUCAAGCAGCAGGAGUGGGACAUGGACACAUUGCCCAAGUUCGAGAAGUCUUUCUACAAGGAGGACCCCGAUGUCGAAAACCGCUCCGCCGAAGAUGUUGAGGCUUUCCGCAAGGAACACCAGAUCGCAGUCAAGGGCUCCAACGUCCCGAAGCCCGUCACAACAUUCGACGAGGCUGGUUUCCCCGGCUACGUUAUGAACGAGGUCAAGGCGCAAGGCUUCGCUAAGCCCACACCCAUUCAGUGCCAGGGAUGGCCCAUGGCUCUCUCUGGUCGCGACGUUGUUGGUGUUGCCGAGACUGGUUCCGGAAAGACCCUCACAUACUGCUUGCCCGCCAUCGUCCACAUCAACGCUCAGCCUCUCCUCGCACCCGGCGACGGCCCCAUCGUCCUGAUUCUCGCGCCCACCCGUGAGUUGGCUGUUCAGAUUCAGGUUGAGAUCAGUAAAUUCGGAAAAUCUUCUCGUAUUCGCAACACUUGCGUCUACGGAGGUGUUCCCAAGGGUCCUCAGAUCCGCGACCUUGCUCGUGGUGUCGAGGUCUGCAUCGCCACACCCGGUCGUCUCAUAGAUAUGCUUGAGGCUGGCAAGACAAACCUUCGCCGUGUCACCUACCUCGUUCUCGACGAGGCUGACCGCAUGCUGGACAUGGGUUUUGAGCCCCAGAUCCGCAAGAUCAUUGGACAGAUUCGCCCUGACCGUCAGACUUGCAUGUGGUCUGCUACAUGGCCCAAGGAGGUUCGCCAGUUGGCUGCCGACUACCAGAACGACUGGAUCCAGGUGAAUAUCGGUUCGAUGGAUCUGUCUGCCAACCAUCGCAUUCAGCAGAUCGUUGAGGUUGUCUCAGAGUUCGAGAAGCGCGACCGCAUGGCCAAGCAUCUCGAGACCAUCAUGAACGACAAGAGCAACAAGAUUCUUAUCUUCACAGGUACCAAGCGUGUCGCCGACGAGAUCACACGAUUCCUGCGUCAGGACGGGUGGCCUGCGUUGUCUAUCCACGGUGACAAGCAGCAAAACGAACGCGAUUGGGUCCUGAACGAGUUCAAGACUGGCAAAAGCCCCAUCAUGGUUGCCACUGAUGUGGCUUCCCGUGGUAUCGAUGUCCGCAAUAUCACUCACGUUUUCAACUAUGACUACCCCAACAACUCGGAGGAUUACGUCCAUCGUAUCGGUCGUACUGGUCGUGCUGGUCAGACAGACUCCAAGCAGGCCCGUGAUCUCGUCCAGAUUCUCACGGAGUCUAAGCAGCAGAUUGACCCUCGCUUACACGAGAUGUGCCGCUACGGCGGUGGCGGCGGUGGUGGUGGCCGCUGGGGAGGUGGCCGUGGCCGUGGUGGUGGUCGCGGUGGCGGCGGAGGCCGGGGUGGUUGGUCCGGUGGUAACGGCGACCCCAUUCGCAACAGCCGCUGGUAAACGCAACGCUACGUUCGAUGAUACGACAUCCGGCAACGGCUUUUCUCGAGGUUCGGCGUUCGAUGUAGACCAUUUCCCUUUUCCACGUCA